CGUGGCGUUGGUGUUUUGAAAGAUGUCACUUCGUUCUAAACUUCCAGCUAUGAAUUCUUUAACCCGCCACUGUCUUACGAUUUUGAAUGGCGAAGAUUAACGAUCGAACACUGGAAUCCUAUUGGUCAUCUUCAGUUAGUACAAUCUGCGCCAUUUUACGUGUUUGAAGUUUGUGUUAAACCGCCUUAAACCUGCUGAGCUAGCCAAUUUUUGUUAACACGUGUUUGUUAUGUAUGGACAUUCGAGUUCUUGAACUCCAGUUAAAUUUUGAAUCAAAGUUUUACGUAACCAUGCCUUUUGAUAACAGUGACAAGAACGAUUUAGAAUGUUUAGAAAGCGAAAAGUGCGUAUCAGUGGCAAAUGACCAAGAAGACGAGUGGGUGAAUCCCCAACAUGAAAUGAAGAAACCACGAAUAGAGGUUCCUCCAAGUUCUCCCCCCUGCCUGGUCGGUUUAGAGAGCACAAAAAAAUACACUUCAAUUCCGAAAGGUCGUAGCCGUUUUUGUAGCCGUCAGCUGAAAUUAGAUCGCACUGACUUAAAUCGCACUUAUCCCAUAUCUGGCGGUUCUUCAAGCAUUGCAUUAAGCUUAUCGCCAAAUUUGGAAAGCACUAGCAGGAUGUACAUAUAUCCAACAACUCCUCCACCGCCAGUACCUAUGUAUAAUGGUUUUCAGUUAGUUGGAGACAGUCAACUUGUAAGGUUCCAUAAUCAAGUGUUGUCAAAAGGCGAGGGUUUUGCUAGAUCAUUGGGAUAUUGUGUAAGCGGACAGAAGAUUGCAGACUUAGAGACACGUAUAAGAACUAAACCUUAUACUAUUUGCGACAAAAUUAUAUUGCUUAUCGGUACAAAUGAUUUCACACACAAGACUCCAAUGGCAGCAAUGUGUGAUAGUUAUGAUUCCAUUUUAAAAUUAUUGCAAGAAAAUGGUGCAAACAAAAUCAUUUUAUUGACGGUACCACCUGUGGCGAGAAUGAAGGACAGAAAAAUGCACUGGACUAUGUUAAAAAGGUUUAACGAGCAUAUUAUGAGUUUAAAAAAAGACGAGAUAGUUUAUCCAUUUGACUUAGCUUCUGUUUUUAUAAGUUAUGAUAAUAGUGUGAUCAUGCAAUGUUACGAAGAGAAAUACACUGAUGGGAAAACAGAUUUGGUGCAUUUGAAUAGAAUUGGAUUUAAGUUUUUGCAAUUUAUUCUAGACAUCAAUAUGGAAAUUGGCAUCAGUAGCACUUCAUAAGGAAGAUUGCUUAAUUGUUGUUUUACCUGGUGUUUUUAUCAAAAAAUUUUUUCGAAUUGUAAUAGGCACAACUAAAUCAUUGUAUUUUCCCU